AUGACUCUUCUGUCUAACAAUACUGCCUCAAACUUCUUCCUUUCAAAACAAUUAGAAUACAUCCAAAGAGGCAACCAGUCAUCGAGUACUAUAGAUCACAGUUCUGAUGCUGGGUUGGAAGUCCUGUAUAUCCUCAUGGUGCUUGGUUUCUUUGGCUUCUUCACCUUGGGCAUCAUGCUGAGUUAUAUCCGCUCCAAAAAACUAGAGCAUUCCCAUGAUCCAUUCAAUGUAUACAUUGAGUCGGACACAUGGUAUAAGAAGGACAGAGAAUAUUUUCAAGCCAGGAUUCUGGAAAGCUACAAGGCAUGCUAUAUUAUUGAAAACCAACUUGUGGCUGAACAGCCCAAUAUAUAUAUUCCAGAGGCAAAGCCUUUGUCCUGA